AUGAAUGGCUCACGUGGAAUUUCUUUCAUAGGGAGUGUUGCGCUCUUAGUUUCAUCCAUGACUGGACCUGGACUUGUGACAAUUCCUUUACUCUUUCAAACUUCGGGAUGGUUAUUACCUACUAUUAUGUUUACUAUCGCCAUGUCACUUGGUGCUUCUGCUUCCUUACUUUUAUGUGAAGCUCUUACGACAAUUCAUGGAAAUGAAAGAUUUCAACGUAAAAUCGAGUUUACUCAUUUAUCAAACCUUUUAAUCCACAAUCGCAAAGUGCGAAUAAUUGUGCAAAUUAUUAUGUAUUUGGCUAUCGAGUCGAUUAUUAUCGCUUCAAUUAUAUUGUCGGCUCAAGCUAUGGAUUGGAUGUUAUUGAAAAUAGCCGGUAGAACUUGUGGAUUUAGUCUCCAUCCAGAUUUAGGAUUCAUUUGUGUAGAUGAAGAAACCAAUGAGAAUAAUCCUUUCGGUUCGAAUUAUAUGCUAGCCACUUCUGGAUUUAUGAUUACGGUGGCAUUUUGUGUUCCUUUGGCAUUUUUAGAUUUGGUUGAUAAUAUUAUUGUUCAAAUUGCUUCUUUCGGAGCUCUCAUUUUUAUUAUAAUCACGUGGAUCGUUACAUUCAUUCUUACUGGAUUGACUAAAGAUUAUAUUCCAUUGGUCAGCAAUGAUCAGAGUCAGGUUGUUGGAACAGUAUUAUUUAACUAUGCGUUUAUCACCACCGUUCCAAGUUGGGUUAACGAGCUACGACCUGACGUUUGUAUUAAAAAAUCUAUAUGGUAUUCUGUGAUAAUAAGCACAGCAUCAUACAUUGUGUUAGGAAUAUUAGGAGGAAUGGCAUAUCAAAUGGGCUUAGCUUCAAACAUUAUAGCAGAAAUUAAUGCAUCAUCACAUAGAAAUUUCGUAACGGAUAUCGCAACUUUUGUAUUCCCGGUGGCUGUUUUAUUAACGAGUAUACCAGUACAAUUUAUUGUCGUUCGUUAUAAUUUGGUUAGAUCCGGUUUUUGCAAAAAAGGAAUGGCAACCGUAUUGUCGAUAUUACUACCUUGGCUAAUUGUUAUACCAUUUCAAACAGGAUAUUGGUUAAAUAUAUUUACAAAUUGGGCUAGUUUAUUAUUUACUAGCACGAGUAACUUUAUUAUACCAUUUUAUUUAUAUUAUUUAAGUCAAAAGCAAAAGGAACAUUCUACCAUAGAAAUUGAACAUCGGGAAAAAGGUUUAGAAUCAAGUAUGAAUCCGGUAAAUAAAACAAAUCAAUCAAAUGAAUCUCUUGUUAAUGCAACAAUUGUAACUUUUUCAUCUCCGAAAACCAAAGCUUCUGAUACACUUAAUGGUACUAUAAAUGAAAAGGCGGCUAGAACAACUUCUAAUGUAGAUGAGGCUGAAGAAGAUUUACUUGAUCCGAAUCGAUUACCACGCUCUAACAAUGAUAAUGUUUCAAUAAUAUUAUCUAGAAAAAACUUAUCAAAUUCUGGAUAUGCACAUUCUAAACAAAGAUCUACUACUACCAAUGAUAUUGAUGAAAUUUAUUCGAACAAACCUUCAAAAAAUUCUUUUGUCGCUUUCCCUAUUCAAAGGAAAAAGAGAACAAUUAUUUCUGUGGUUGCUGGAAUUACUUCUAUUAUUUUGGUUGGUGCAAUUAUUAUUUAUGAUCUUGUUGAAUUAUCGCUUGGUCAUAAUGUAUUUGAUUUAAAUGAAGAGAAUUAA